AUGUGUAUCAACUACACGGGUGGGUGCCGGGCGGGAGGCGUUCGAGUAACAGAGAGGGUGAGGUCGUUGAGCUGGCCAGCGCCUCGGGUCUUCUGGGGCCGCGAAGGCGCCACACCUGUUCAGAAGGAGCAGCGUGCUAAUCACCCUAACAGAAAAGCCAAAGAGGAAAGUAAUGCUGUGCCUCUUUGUCGAGCCAAACCCUCCCCUAGCUUUAUUAAUCUUCAAGCAAGUUCCCCACUGGCCACAUUCCUGAACGUCCGGACAGCAAAGCUGCCCUCAGGAAUCGACCCCAAGCCCAAGGAAUGCCUGGGACUUCUGGAACGUAUGUAUGCCAAUCUCCAGCUUCAGACCCAGCUCGCCCAACAACAGAUGGCUAUUUUGGAAAAUUUACAAGCAUCUAUGACACAUCUGGCUCCUGGGAGGGGAAGCAAGAACUCUGCCCUCCCGGCCUUACCCCGUAAUCUGUUGCAAAAUCGCCUGCCCCCAUCCAGUAAAUGACUUG